UACCCAUGGACCAAUGGAAAGAUUUUUGACGCUGGACUGGUUGAUGGGGACGGAUAUGUUGCCGCCGCCGGCAACACUGCGACAUGGCCGCCGCACGUCGGGUGUGGAUACCGAACACGGAGGAACGCGAUGGAAGCGAGGUGUAUGUAUGGAUACGGUAACGAUGCGACGGCAUACCCACAUGUGAUGUGUUAGGGCGAAGAUGUCGUCGAGCGUCAGUGGUGAAACGACAUGUAACUGGAUGGAGUUUCACGCCUCCCAAGACGGUUGAUCGAUCGGUCGGUCGGGCAGAGCAUUAUGUCGACGACCCCCAUCUCUCUCGUGGAUGUGGCCAAUGACAGUCGCCAGGACGUACCACGGAAAGCUACCCAGGAGAGGAGUGGCGUCGAGGCGGUCGAGUCCGUCGCGGCUGCACCGCCAGUGGGAAAUGCAGUCAACAAGAGGCCGACGCUCAUGGAUGUGGCCAAAGACAACACCAUGCCAGCAUCGUCGUCGUUGAUGCAAGUAGCCGCUUCCACUCCUUCAACGACCACAUCAACCACCGCGCCAUCGCUCAUGAGUGUAGCUGCAGCGCCGCCAAAAACGUUGCUCAGUACCGUGGAUGUGGCUGCUCCUCGCAAAUCCCUCGUCGCGUCCGUCGCUUCCACUUCGAGCGAUCCAUCGGCCCUAGUGGCGGUGGCCCACAACUUACGACAAGACCCGACGUCCACAUUUGGCAAGUCCGUCAAGGUGACGGAUGUGGCCGCGAAGAUGGACAAGGAGCGUGAUGUGGAGAUCACGGCGGCACUCCACGCGUCGUCCGUGGCUGUUAGGGCUGAAAACGACCAAGUGGCCAAGCAAGUUCUUCCGCAACUGGUCAAAGAUGUCAAGCAACAAGUCGAAACCAAAAUAGCUAAGGCAGUGUUGAUUGAAACUGCCGCCGAAGUACAACGCGACCAAGCCAGGGCCAAGGCAGUGCUUCAAGCUUGUGCUGUGGAAGUCAAGAAGGAGGUUCCUGCCGUCCUGUCGAGCCCAUCCCCCACCUACAGCCAAGAUUAUGAAGACGAGGUGGUCGAGGCGGUCAAGGCUACGAAGCAAGGUGGUCGGAAUGACAACCAGCGCGACGUUGAAGGGCCUGCGGAGGUCGAACGCACGGCCACAUCCUCAGACAAAGGCCACCGCGAGUUCCUUGUCGCUGUGUUUCGAGGAAACAUGCAGAAACUUCGAGCGAUGAUAGAGUCGGACGGGGACCUUGUGCAUGCGACCGACCAACACGGAUGGAACGGACUGCAUUGGGCUGCGUCCCAAGGACAUGGAGACGUCCUCAAGUUCUUGCUGCAGAUCGGAGCGGUCGCGCAUGCCGCCGAGCCAGUCAACUUGUGGUCCCCGCUGCAUGUUGCGGUUAUCCGGGCACAUGUACCAUGCGUGAAGCUGCUCUUAGACCACGGCGGCGCGGCGGUGUCUGUGACACAGAAGGACGUGUACGGAGAUCGACCGAUAGAUUGCGCCGUGAACCUCACUGGUCGCUUACGCACACAGAUGCUGGCACUGCUCGAAAGAUGAUGAAUCGUGUGAGGGGAAAGAGAUACAUAAGGAUUAAAAGAGGAAGGAACGAGGUCUAUCUACAAGGGAGAUCGUCUUCAACGAGGACGACGUAGCAGGAAGCACCUAACUCGACGCGCCAAACGAUCCCACGUUGUCCUUCUUGUCGGAUUUCUCCACCUUCACACUUUCCCGGUACUUUUGGAGGUAUAACUUGAGGGGCUCCACGUACGAAUCGAAGCCCAAUGUGCUCAUGGCCCAGAUGAUGUCGUCGCCGUUGAUAGUCUUCCGCUUCUCUUGCUGACACUUGUCACUGGCCUCGGACGUGAUGAACGAAAUGAACUCGGACACGCACUCCUGCACGGUUUCCUUGCCGUCCUUGGCGAUCUUGGCCGUGUUGGGAAGGGAUACCUUCAUGAUGCGGGAGAUGUUGGCCGUAGGAAGGAACCGAUCUUGUUCACGGAUCUCAUCGUCGUUCAGGUCGUCCUUGCUGCUCAUGAUGGUGCUUCCUUGGUUGGUAAAGGUGAGAAUGGGACGCC